AAAGAAAAUUAUAUAAAAGGAAAAAUGAUAGGAACUGACGUUGUCAGUUGGUGGUAAACGGCUUCAAACAAAUUUGAAUAUGCGUUUACACAACUGGACCGGUCUGGGUGCUCCCUCUGCCUUGCAAAGCAGAGCAAUGGGAUCAGAGGGAGCAGACGGCCUUCAUCUAAUUGGGUGGAACAUCCCACCCGAAGAACUGAUCCACAUUCCUCAACAUUGGCUUUCGUAUAUUGAACCUCCGGCUUCAAUGCAUUUGCUGCUUGGCAUGCUCUAUAUUGUAUUUUUCUUCAUGGCCAUUAUUGGUAAUGGAUUGGUUUUAUGGAUUUUCUCAUCGGCGAAAAGUCUACGAACUUCAUCGAACAUGUUCGUCGUUAAUUUAGCUUUUUGCGAUUUCAUCAUGUUCGUGAAGAUUCCCAUUUUCAUCUACAACUCUUUCCACCGAGGUUACGCCCUUGGCCACUUAGGCUGCCAGAUUUUCGGUUGUAUUGGUUCCUUAUCUGGAAUUGGCGCUGGGAUGACGAACGCCUGUAUAGCGUACGAUAGAUACACAACCAUCACGAAACCCUUUGAUGGGAAACUGACAAGAACUAAGGCUUUCCUGAUGAUAGUGGGCGUGUGGAUAUAUGCGAUACCAUGGGCGGUGAUGCCUUUACUUGAAGUAUGGGGAAGAUUUGUACCAGAGGGUUACCUAACAUCUUGUAGUUUUGACUAUGUGACGACUACAUUCGAUAACAAAAUGUUCGUAGCAGUAAUAUUCUCUUGUUCAUACGUGGUACCAAUGAGUAUGAUCGUGUUUUUCUAUAGCAAAAUAGUCAGUACUGUGUUUAAUCAUGAAAAGGCCCUUCGAGAACAGGCUAAAAAAAUGAAUGUAGAUUCACUACGUAGUAACCAGAAUCAGGGCAACCAAUCGGCAGAAGUUCGAAUUGCCAAAGCAGCCAUAACCAUUUGUUUUCUGUUCGUUGCUUCGUGGACACCUUACGCUGCAUUGGCCUUAAUUGGCACAUUUGGGGAUCAAACACUUCUCACCCCAGGAGUGACCAUGAUACCUGCAUGUACAUGUAAAUUUGUUGCGUGUUUGGAUCCUUAUGUUUAUGCCAUAAGCCAUCCCAAAUAUAGGCAAGAGCUCCAGAAGAGGCUUCCUUGGUUAGCAAUAAAUGAACCUUCAGAUGACACCAAAUCCGUUGCCACAGCUGCCACAAAUAACGAUCAAGAACAGAAAGCGUAGAAAUAAGAAGGGGCGAUUAUGAGAUUGAACAAAUAUUCGAAAUAUACUAAAGACACAAUAUAUCAACUUGGAUCCACUGAAGAAUUCAUGAGAGUUUUUCCAAUGCUGAGCUUAUGCUCGGUUUCCUACUUAGGCGUCUAUUUUUCACUCAUUAAUAGAAAUUCGUAAUUUAAAUAUUUUUAUAUUCUAAUGUAAAUUAUUCCACGAUAAACUAUUACUACUGACUGAUACAAUUAACGACAUGCGAUGAAACAGGACAAGAUAUUGUAAAUAGCUGUAGAUAGAGAUUAUUAUGUUACUUAAUAAAUAGUUAUCAAGCAUUCAUGAAAA